GCGGGGCGGACUUGUCGGUGCGCUAGGCACGAGAAAAUAUGGCGUCUAGAGCGUUGGGCGGACAUCGCCCAUGGGUGCUGCGACUGUGCAGGCACGGAGCGGCCAUUCUACAGCCCAAAGUCCCGGCACGUGCUCCAGCCUUUUGCUGCCCGUCCCAACUUUCUUGAGAUGCUUUGCUGCCAUCACGUUCUAAAUGAGCUUACAGGCUUAAGUCCUCUAUACAGUACCUAACACGGAAAGAUUUACCAAAGUUGGCCUACCAGAAACUCAAAGGCAAAAGUCCUGGAGUCAUUUUCUUACCUGGCUUUGCAUCCGAUAUGAAUGCUCAGAAAGCCGUGGCCCUCGAAGACUUCUGCAAAUCUCUUGGACACUCGUUUAUACGGUUUGAUUACACUGGAUGUGGAAACUCAGAGGGAAAUAUAAAAGAGUGCACCAUUGGGAAAUGGAAGAAAGAUGUACUUUCAAUUCUGGAUGAUGUGUCUGAAGGGCCACAGAUAUUAGUUGGAUCAAGCAUGGGAGGGUGGCUUAUGCUUGUUGCUACUAUUGCUCGGCCAGAGAAGAUUGCAGCUCUUGUUGGUGUUGCCCCUGCUGCAGACCAUUUUGUUACAGUAUUUAACCAGCUUCCACUAGAGGAAAAGAAAGCAGCUGAGGAGAAAGGUGAAUGGAAACUUACCUCAAAAUACAGUGAAGAAGGCUUUUAUACUUUGCCGUAUUCUUUUAUCAAAGAAGCUGAAAACCACUGCUUGUUAAAUAGCCCAAUACCCAUAACUUCUCCUAUCCGACUCAUUCACGGCAUGAAAGAUGAAGAAGUGCCAUGGCAUGUGUCCAUGCAGAUUGCAGACCGGGUACUCAGCACUGAUGUAGAUGUCAUUCUCCGCAAACAUGGCCUGCAUCGGAUGAGUGAAAAAGAUGACAUGAAACUCCUCGUGUACACGAUUGAUGAUUUAAUUGAUAAACUCACCACUUUAGGGUAACCGACAAUAAUCCGCAGAUUACCAGACAGCUUUCCCUACAUGCGGGGCUCCGUUUGAGCACAGCAUAGUAGAUGGCUGCACAUGUAAUGGCUGCAAAUAGUUGUUUACAUGAAAGAGACCUCUAUUACUAUCCACUUCAGUAUUUCCUAUGUCGUUUUAUAUUUCCUAAAUAUAUCCUUUUCUACUUCCCACAGCAAAUGUGAAUAACUUUCUCUCUGUACAGGACUGGAUUCACUAGUGAAAACACUAUGGCAUGUAAUAUAUGCAGAGCAAUAAAGUAUAUGUAUAAACCUCACCUUCUGCAGCUAGAAUCUCCCUUUGAUGUGCUGAUAUAAAUGCACCUAUCGUUCUCUUGAUUUCCCAUUCCAGAUACGGCAUUAUACUGAUUUAUAAUGCUGCGUGUCUCUGUCCGACCUUGCAUCUGCUGAAUUGUACUGACCUAAUGCUGUCAGUAUAAGUAAGGUCAUGCAGAGACGUACAGCAUUAUAAAUCUGUAUAAUGCGGUGCGCUCCUCUGAAACUAGCCCAUAACAGGAAAUCACGCUCACACACGGAAUAUAUUUUCCGCACUGGACACACGUUUCCGAAAGAGGCCAUAGUAUGGAAGAGACUGUACCAGAUCAUGCACAAGUGAUGCAGCCUUGCCAUGUAGGAAGGAAAAGGAAUAUCCAGCAACCUGAUGGAGUCUGUAUAACCUUUAUUCCAAUUAAUAAAAAAAACUCAUUCAGUGCAAAAGAUGCUGGCGAUACUGGUGAUCUGCAUACUGUUUCUUAGCCUUGCCAUGUGCACGCUGCAAAGUAUAAAAUUAUGUGGAUGAAAGCAUGUGACUAUGUUCUUUCUUAAACAAAAGACUAUUGUAAUCUUUAUUAUAUAUUUUGUACUGGCUAUAUUGCACUUAAUAUAUUACCAGUAUACAGUAUAUUAGUUGCUGACUUGCUGGAAUUUAUCCUUAUAGUUUCACAUCUAUUGGUGUAAAUGUAAGGCUACUUUCACACUGGCGUUUUGGCUUUCCGUUUGUGAGAUCCGUUCAGGGCUCUCUCAAGUGGUUUCAAAAUGGAUCAGUUUUGCCCUAAUGCAUUCUGAAUGGAGAA